AUGUUGGAGGGUGUGAAGGCUGUCCGUGAUCAGCUUAGCGGAACAUUACUAGCAGCGGGCAACCGAGGGGAAUUUGAGGUGGUAAAGCAGAUGCAAGGCGUGGACGAGGAAGAGGAAGAAGAAGUCAAUCCAACACAAAGAAGAGGUCAGCUUCGAGGUCUUCCAGACCAGUACUGGCAGGAUAUCUACACCCACCCUCUUUACCAACAGGGAAAGGAGCACAGUAUACCGAGUAUUGUGAACAUUCAGCACGCUCUACUGGUGGCCAUUGAGACCGGUUCUACUGAAAUUGUUACAACCUUGCUUGAUUUUGGCGCACAACCUAAUUUCUGUCGUGGAAAUCGCAUACAAUAUCUCUAUUGGGAGCGUGAUACGAACUGGUGGCAUGCAACGGAGAUUGAUAACCCGCCCCUUUUCACUGCGGUGCAAUCCGAAAAUCUGGACAUGGUGAAGCUUCUGCUUCGGCGAGGUGCUGAUCCCACCCGAUAUGCCCUCUCACCUUUAUAUAGCGCUGUUGAAGAUAACCGACGGGCUAUAUUGCUCGAACACGGCGUGGGGCCGCAAUCAACGGCUUUAAAGCUAGCUGUGCUGAAUAGGGAUGAGUGUAUGGUAGGCUUUCUUCUUGAUGGAGGAUUGAACGUCACGGAGUAUGGGCAUGCUGCACUUUACACUGCUGAAAGGCAGGGCGACUUGCAUAUGGUCAACUUGUUAAAAUCUCGUGGUGCGACACUGAAAAAUCUUUUUGACGAUGAGAGAGAGACUUGGGAAAAGGAAGAUGGAGACGGUACUCGUCGUCCUUAUUAUCAACGAAUGAUGUGCACUCUCUAUGAGCCAGAGGUGUCGGAGGAAUCGGACGAGGAGGAAUCAGCAGCAGAGGAUGUUUUUUCUAUCCUCUAG